AGUUAUUCAAGUCCAGCUUCAUGCUCUCCUCGGCCUGAAACGUCUCUCUCUUGAGUAUGCUGAGCCAUGGUCACAACAUGGGCUUUGCAACUACCGGCCACCUUCAGGAAUUGCGGGGCCCAGUUGAUAAUUCUCAGGAUGUCGUCGACAUUAUUCUCGUUCCUGGCAUUGGGACUACCUUGCCGGAGAACUGGCCGUUUGCUAACGAAAAAUGGCUCGCGACCCUACCCGACUCCGGGGCUGGGGCCCGCAUCCUCGCGUACGAAUAUGCUUCGCCAUUCGCGGGUACCAAGCCUUCAUGGGAGUCGAUGUUGAUGUUAGGCUACGACUUCCUCCAGCAUUUAAGUGACGCGCGAUCACAAUUUGACUCGGAUCCGACCACUAACAGGCCCAUUCUGAUGGUCUGCCACAGCUUAGGUGGCAUUGUAGUCAAACAGGCCUUGUGCGUCGCUAACAAACAGUUUCCUCGGUAUGGAUCAAUUGUCAACGCCAUAGCUGGCGUUAUCUUCCUAAGCACUCCACAUCGUUAUGGCGACAAGACCACGAGCUGGAAUAGGUUUCGAGAUAUCUUGGACACAACGACUGGUAGAAACCUCAAAAUUCCAAGUGCCAAUAUUGAGCAAGAAGGCUCUAUUCUGCUUGACCUCGCGGAUAGAUUCGAAGGAAUCGCGUUCCGUACUCCCAUACUAUCGGUCUAUGAACUGAGAGAAUCGAAGAACAGUUCAACGCCAUUGCGCCCAAAAUACCAACAAUUGGUCAACCGUGAAGCUUGUUCGACUCAUGCGCCAAUGGAAACAGUCAUUGGCCUCAAUCUCAAUCAUCAUGAUACAUGUCUUUUCACCAAAAGUGUUGGCGGCGAAGGCUUACCCGAGCUGAACAAGUUUAUUUACGAGACUUUGCAAAGCGCUGUGGAUCUUGUUGCACGUCGACUCGAGGACCAGGAAUAUCAAUACGCAACGAUGAGCGCUUACUCGCCGACUAUGAGCGAACUACCACUCAAAGUUGAGCAAAUGGAGCUGACCGAAUGGCCUUCGAACAAUGCAACAGAAUGGCCAUCGAAUAGAGCAACUGAAGGAACAUCUCUUUCGGGGUUUGAGAUGGUAUAUUCUUCUACACCAAAAUUUGAGAAUCGGAAAACUCUUCACCUACCUUGUUUCCUUCUGAACACGCAUUCAGCAAAUGAAGAUUUCUGCGGCCGCGAAGAUGUGUUGGAGCGUCUUGCGGCCGAGCUCUUGCCUUCGAAGAACAUAGUGACAGCGUCGGGCACCGCUCUACGACAAUUUGCGCUUUGCGGAUUUGGUGGGAUAGGAAAGACAGAAAUAGCCCGCGAGUUCGCCCGACGUCACAAGACUUGCUUCGAUGCAGUAUUCUGGGUCGUGGCGGAUGAGAUUGCGAAACUUGACCACCAUUACCAGCAGAUUUCGUUAGCAUUAGGACUCGAAGAUCCAUCCGACUGCAAGAGUCAGGUUGUCAGCAGGGAAAUUCAUCUGUCGGGGUCGGAUGAGCUUGUUCAGCCUGGCCAAGCUGGGUCAGAGGCGACCUGGCUGCUUAUAUUCGACAACGCAGAUGACCCAAUGAUCCUGGCGGACUACUGGCCCCAGGGUAGCGGAUCAAUUCUUAUCACCAGCCGCGACCCACUGGCUAAAAGCAUGUUUACGAGAAGACCCUCCGGCCUGGAUCUCGGUCCUCUUUCACAGCAAGACAGCCUGUCCCUCUUUAAUCAUCUCACCACAAUUUCCAACGAACCAGAAGACACGGCAGCGCGACAAAUCUCCGAUGCACUUGGUGGCGUCCCUUUGGCUAUCUCCCAGAUGGCUGGUAUCAUCCGCCGACAGGACCUUACCUUGUCAGAGUUCUUCGAGCUGUACACGGAUCACGAAGAACAUGCCAGUCUUUACGACACAAAAUUCGAUACCAAUUUAGUCACGUAUCCUCACUCUCUCUCCACUGUUUGGGCAUUUGAGAGGCUGAAGCCUCAAGCGUCACAGUUGCUGGAACUGAUUUCAUUUCUUGAUCCGGAUGUCAUCCAGGAAGACUUGUUGAUGGAAGCGUCGGUGGAACUGCUUUCCGAGGGCGCACCGUUUAAAAAGAGUAACUACAUUGAGGCUCGAUCCGAUCUAUUGCAGUCAUCGCUAGUCCAAAGAGAUAAACAAAAGCAGCAGAUCUCGGUCCAUCGUAUUGUCCAAGACGUAAUCUUGGCAACGAUGGAUGUCGCGAAGAAACGGUUCAUGUUCGACAAAGUCGUCCGAAUUCUGUGGGCCGACUGGCCAUCGGCUAUGCCCAAGCCAUCCAAGGAGCCAGAGCUACCUCAGCCCAAAUCAAGCGGAGGCAGGUUAUAUGUCGGAAGGUGGCCUGCUUGUGCGGCGAUCUAUCCCCACGUUCUGAGGAUACAUCAGCUCUGGUCGUCCAUUUCAGGUCUCUCCGAGGCUACCAGGUUGCUGUUCGCAAAGCUACUGACUGAGGCUGCAUGGUAUCAAAAAGAGCGUGGACGGACGAAGCACUUUGACGGCUUCUUCGAAACCGCUCGCGCUAUCUGCGACUCCUCAACACACCCCGAUCGGGAUUCCUUGCUUGCAGAUAUCCACUUUUACUUAGGAGCUAUCGCCAUGGAUGCGAGCGAUUUUGACGCAAGCCGCAUCCACAAGGAACGUUCUCUCGAUCUAGUCUCCAAAAUCUGCCAAGAACUGGGAACUGCAGACGAGAGGUUAUAUCUCGCCUACGCAGAGCGAGGGAUCUCACGCAUCCAGGACAGAAGAUACGAGGAAGGCGAAACCGACCUCAAGGAGGCGCUGCGAAUUCGAAAGGCUCUCGGCAACUACAUUCCCCGGUCGGGCGAGGCAAAUCUGAGCUGGGCUCUCCUGGCCCAGGACAAGUUGGACGAGUGCAACACGCUUCUCCUGGACAGUUUGGCUGGCAGAGAAAAGGCCCUGGGCAAAAAUGAUAGGGUGGAUGUCCGGACUGGACUGAUUCUUUACGCGCUUGGCAACCUCCGUGCUGCGCAAGACCGAUGGGAUGAGAGCUUUGAAUACCACCAGAGAGCGUGGCAACACAUGCUUGCUACAGUGGGUGAGAGAGAUUUCUAUACCGCGAAUGUCGCCCAUAAGAUUGCCGAGCACCUUAUCCGCUCGGGCCGGAGCGAAGAGGCGAUUGCUAUGAUCAACGCAGCGCUGGACAUCUGGUCCGUUGAUCCAAAUGCACACAAGAACGAGAUUGCCCGCACAACUUUCCUCAAGGGCAAAUUAUUCGAGGCGACCGGGAAGAUGCAAAAAGCUUCCGUCGCUCUUCGAGUUGCCUGUCGCUUGAGAAAGGAGAUUACGAAAGAGGAUCGAGAGGUGAAGAGCCUGACGACUAGAGACUUUGACGAGAUUGUUGCAUUUUGGGCCCGUUGA